AUGAGGUUCACCGCCGCGGCCGCCCUUGCGGCAGGCCUUCUUCAGGCGAUUUCCGCCGUUGCCAAAAUGCAGAGCAAUGCCAUGGACAUUGGCCCGGAAGACCCGAAUGCCUUCGCCGAUGAGCUGCACCGUCGUGAUGACGGCACCCCCACCAAGGGUUGGGGCACUUUUGACCAGCUCAUCGACCACGCCAACCCGCACCUGGGCACGUUCAAGCAGCGAUACUGGUACGGUAUCCAGUUUUGGAAAGGCCCCGGCUCUCCAGUUUACCUGGUCACCCCUGGCGAGCAGAGCGGAGAAGGAUUCAACAGAACAUGGCUGAGCACGCAGCGCUUGACCGGUGUCAUGGCGAACCAUACGGGCGGCGCGAUGGUGGUGUUGGAGCAUCGCUACUGGGGCGAGUCAUCACCGUUCCAGGAGUUGACGGUCGACAAUCUGCAGUAUUUGACACUGGACAACUCGCUCAAGGAUCUGACGCAUUUCGCCAAGACCUUCGUCCCCCCUUUCGACAAGAGUGGUAAAAGCUCUGCAGACAACGCGCCGUGGGUGUACGCGGGUGGUUCGUACUCGGGGGCGCUGGCGGGCUGGUUGGCGGCCCUGGAGCCGGAUACGUUUUGGGCGUACUACAGCUCCAGCGGUGUCGUGCAGGCGGUGGGUGAUUUCUGGCAGUACUUUGCGCCUGUCCAGGAAGCGACGCCGGCCAACUGCAGUGCGGAUGUCAAUGCGGUGAUUGACUAUGUGGACUUGACGCUUAAGUUUGGAUCGAAGAAGAGUAAACAAGCGUUGAAGGACAAGUUCUCGCUCGGAGACCUCCAGGACGAGGACUUUGCCGCCGCGCUUGAAUGGGGCCCCUGGCAGUGGCAGUCGACCCAGCUCUACUCGCUCAACACCACUGGCGUCAACUUGUACUACGAGUUCUGCGAUUACAUCGAAAACGUGUCGCCCAACUCCACCCACAAACUCCCCGGCGCUAAGGGUGUCGGCUUGACGAAGGCGCUCAACGGGUACGCCAAGUACGUUAAGGAGGUGGUCAUCCCUGACUUCUGCGCGAGCGCGGGCUACGACGAGUGGAAGGGUGCAUCGAACACGCUCUGCUUCCAAAACCUCAAUGCCUCGAACGUGGCUUACAAGGACCUGGCGCCUGACAACUGGGUGAACCGCCAGUGGAAUUGGAUGCUGUGCAACGAGCCCUUUGAGUGGUGGCAAGAUGGUGCUCCCCUCGGUCAACGCACCUUGGUCUCCCGCUACGUCAACGCCGACUACUGGCGCAAGCAGUGCCCGCUACACUUCCCCGAGGGCGGCUAUGGGCUUGCCAGCGGAGAGCGCGCGAGGGAUGUCAACAAAUGGACCGGCGGAUGGAACGCGCUCAACACGACGCGCGCGAUGCAUACAAACGGCCAAUGGGACCCGUGGCGCGAUGCGACGUUGUCCAGCUCGUUCCGCCCCGGGGGACCGGUCAAGAGCACCGAGCAUUUGCCGGUGCGUAUAGUUGAACACGGCACGCACUGCUCAGAUUUGUAUGCACCGAACUGGGACGCGAGCGAGCAGGCUGCUGCUGUGGCAAACGACGCGACGCAGCAGAUGGCCGGGUGGGUCGCAGAAUGGUACGAGGAGAAGGGGAAAGCCAAGCCUUGGGAGUGA